UUACCCCACGAUAACUCGCUCUUCCUCGUCGUCCGGGGGCCGCGCCUGCUCCACGAAAUCCGGCUUGGCGCACGCAAAGUACUUGGACAGGUUCUUGAACAGCGCGACCGGGAUUUUGACGUAUUCUUCUUCUUCGACGUCGUAGGCCACGUCCUCGUCGGGCACCGACGGCGAUUUGCGCCACCGCCGCGGCGACCGCGGCGGGGGCCGGUCGACGAUCGGCGCGUGGCGCGAGCCGUGGUGGAGCCAGCCCUUCUCGAGUUGCCUCAUUUGCGCGGCGUCGGGUUUAGUCCGGCGCGGCGUCUUUCGCCGCCGGCGCGGCGUGACGACGGGCGCGGCGGGUUUCGGCGUCACUGGUGCGGCUGGCCGCGCGGCCGGCUUCGCGUCCAGGGGCGCCGGGCUCGCGUAGUAGCGCCAGCCCGCGCGGCGCUGUGCAAGUCGCUCCGCUUCCGGACUCGACCAAGGCGACACCGUGCGCUGCCCCGCGUCUGGGGACCACGCGAGGCGCCGCUUCGUGGGCGUGACGCGCGCGGCGCUGAUGAGCAUGGAAGUCUGCAGUCGUGUUGGCAUGUCCAUGGUGGCCAGGGCUGGCGCGUGGAACGGCGUCCGGAGCUGCGUCGAUGGCGUCCGGAGUGCGACAACGAUGCGAGCGGCUGCUGCCUCGCGGUUGGGCAGCGAUGCGAGCCUUUGGCACGGAUCGCCCGUCGCAAUUCGUUCAGGGUGGACUCGUGUCGAUGCGUGGGGCUGCGAUUCGCGCGCGAUGCGCUUGGGAGAGGAGCUUUGGCCGCCUCUCAC